UGGGCAUCUACAUCUACUAUAUGAUUUGCCUGAGAAGCUGGGCAGGACCAAAAAAAAAAAAAAAAAAAAAAAAAAUGAAACAGUGGUAAAGCAAAAAGUCCAAGAUGGCGGACUAAGCGACGCCCACCAAACGGACUUUGAGUGUGGAGCGAUGGCGUGUUACCUGAAGUGAAGAUUGAAGACGUGAUAGAAGAUGGACGACUACUGCUAUGCUAAGAUGGCGACGUCCGCUAAAAGAGAACAUGAAAGAGAAUCAGCGCCACCAACUUCCAGCAAAUCACCAACGGAGAUAAAGACGAAAGAUGAAGAUGUCCAGCAGCUGAUCGGUAAUCCAGAAGAAGUUUCCCCUCAGUUAGGGGGGAGCUCCACUUUAAAGCAGGAGACUCCACAACCACCCUGCAUUAAAAAGGAAGAGGAGGAACUCUGCAUCACUCAGGAGGGAGAGUGUCUUCUAGGACGAGAGGAAGCUGAUUACACCAAGUUUCCACUGAGUAUUCUCUCUGUGAAGACUGAAGAUGAUGAAGAGAAACCACAAGUAGACAACCUCUUAGCUCCACUAUCAGAUAGUGAGGCUGAAGACGAGGUUGAAGAACCUUUGAGCAGCGAUACAGACUGUGAAGGUGAUAUGAGGACUCACAUUGACAACAAACACUCUGAAUGCUCUUCAACGAAGAAAGGUAAAACAUGUUUGAGCUGCUCAGUUUGUGCUAAAAGUUUUGCUAAAAGGAGUCUCUUGACUCAACACAUGAAAACACACACAGCUGAAAAAACAUUUAACUGUUUGAUUUGUGGUCGAAACUAUUCUGUUAAGAGGAAUUUGACUGAACACAUGACUACUCUUUGUGUCGACACAUGA